AUGGAGAGCAGAAUUCAUAAAGAGUUCAACGAUUUUACAAGCAACUCAAUAGAAAAUUGUUCCAUUGAGAUGCAAAGUGACAAUUCUUUUAUUUGGAAUGCUGCUAUUCUAGGACCACUGGAGACUCCAUAUGAAGGAGGUUACUUUUUUUUGAGAAUUACAAUUCCUGAGGAUUACCCUAUAAAGCCACCAAACGUGCAAUUCACGACUAAGAUUUAUCAUCAAAAUAUAAAUCCUGAUGGAAAAUUUUGUAGUUAUCAUUGCUUUUGGAAGGAUAAUUGGUCAGCAGCUAAAACAAUAAGAGGUGUUAUUGAAUAUAUUAUUGAUCUUUUAAAAAAUCCAAUUGCUGAUUGCAAUGCGGAUCAUAAUUUUGAUGAUAUUAAUGAUACUGAGAAAUUUAAAAGAACUGCGAGAAUUUGGACUCAGAGAUAUGCGAUGUAA